CCGGCCCCCCGCCAGCGCCCUCCUACCCUUCACCCUUCUAUCCCACCUCCCCGCCGAGGGGAGAGCUCACGCGGACCAUCUGUCCCCAGGGGCCAUCUCUGAUCCCGGAGAGCCGCGCCGCCUCCCUUCACGCCCAGCUUCAGCCCAUGGCCCGGUCCGCGAUCGUUCCAUGACGACGCUGCCCGGUCCCAAUGUCCCGGCCGGUCGGCGCGAUCUCCACCCCCGGCGACGACACGCGCCGCAGCCGGCCGCGGUAGCCCCGGCAGCCACGGCGUCUGCCGAUGAUCCCACCCCCAAGGGGCGUCCCGGCCCAGGGACGAGGCAAUCGGCCAUGGCUUCUCCGGCCGCGACAGCCCCUUCCGAGGCCGGCCCGCCGCCGCCAGCCUCGGAUCCUGCUGCCAGCGUGCCAGCUUCCGGCCUCCCCCCCUCGUAUGAGGAUUUCCUCGGCUCAUCUGGGCGCUGGGCAUUCGAUGGCACGGAUGCCGGCACCCGCAUUGUCCUGCCCUUCCCGCACUUGACGCCGGAGCAGCCGCGCCGAGUCCCGGAGGAGGUCCCCUCGAGCGCCCCGUUCCCGAGCCCCGGGCCCACCAACGCCCUCGAGGGCGAGUCUUUCUGGCUCGGUGAUCCGCACCCCAUCUCGCCGGCCUCUCGACUGAAGGCCGCCCGGCAGCUGUUCUCCUUUUGCUGGGGCCACACCAGCCGGUUCUUUGCUCGGACCUUUUCUUCCUCCUUCCCCGUGGUCUCGCCUGGUGGCCCCCCGGAUCCCGAGGAUCCCGGUCUGGUUGAGGAGGGACCCACGCCCGUCGGCCCCCCCCGGCCCAUGGGUCCGCCGACACUCGUGCCCAGUGGUCCCCCUCGGCGGCGGCUCCCCCUGCGCGGGGGCGCCCGGCCCUCGCCGAUGCCCGGGGCCUUACGGCGACCGGGGCGACCUCCUUCGGCCACCGGGCAUUCGGCUUCGGCCGGGGCCGGUGGCUUUCCCCCAUCCUUCCCCCCGCCCCCUGGGGCAUCGAGGCCGGUGCACCGCGCCAUGGUGCAGGCCCGGGCGCUGGCUGCCUUGACAACCGACGCUCUUCGGCUGCUCCUCUACGUGGUUCACUGCAUCAGCCUGCCGGCCGUGUUGUCGGCCUUCCUCUUCCUGCUGCAGCUCCUGUGCGGUGGUCUCCCUCUGCUGGACUGGAUGGCUUCCAUUGCUUGGGCCUUGGCAGCGGUCUUCACCAUGUCCCUGCCACUGGCUCUCCCCGAGCGUCUCCAGCACCUGGUUGGAAAUUCCAACGCCCGAGCCAACCUCCUGCUCACCUGUCUGACAAUCUUCCUCCUGUGGGCCGUGUUGCCCUCCAUUGUCAGCCCCCCUCUGGCAUCCUGUCUGGCCGCCUUCACCGUGCGCUUUGCUUCAACUUCCAAGUUGCUGGACCGGCGUCUGCGGUCAACCGCCCUGCCAGCCUCGGCGCUCCUCCCCAACCGGCGCCCCCUGCCUCUGAUCCACCUGGUGAGCACUGUUGUACUUUUAUUCCUGGCCUUCGUGUCGACCUUCUCCUUCUUCCCGGUGGCCACAUCGGUCAACCACGCCCCAGGAGCUGGUAUCCUGGCUGGUAUCCACACGCCAUUUGACCCGGCCGCCGCCGCCGCCGCCGCCACUCUUGUUCAGGGACCAUCUAUGGCCCUGCGCCUGGCCAGCCUCCUGGCGCCGGCGCCCUUCUCUUCCAUCGUGGUGAGCUCGGUGGAUGUGGCUCCAGACUGCCCCUCGAGCGUUGGAGGGCCGAAUGCCUCGCGACCCGCGGCUCCCCCGGUCCCUUCGCCCAUCUUCGUCUCGACUCCCCUGCUGACGACCACCCUCCCGCGGAUGAUCCUGUCCCGAUGGGGCGCCGGCCCCGGGGGCGAGCACCACCUGAUGCAGCAUGCCCAUUCGCACGGCCCGCCCUUCUUGGCGGACCCCAUCCUCCGGGUAUCGGACUUUGUGGCCUACUUUGCAGCCUCCUGCGCCCUGGGCCGAGUGGCCCUCUGGCUGUUGAAUCGCCUCCUGCCCGGGGUGUGUGCGGUUCCGUUGCGCGCACCAACCGACCGAUUCUCCGAGUUGACAUCGGCCGUGCGGCGGGAGUUGUCCUGGUCGGCGGUCGGGGCCGCCACCCCGGCACCAGCUCGCCGGCCGGCUGGCAUCCUGCUGCUGCUGCGAACGUGUGGCACGGGGUCUGGAUCCCCAACCGUGUGGGCGGUCUCCCCCCGGGCAUGGGCCACAUCCAUGUCGUGGUUCUUCUCGCUUGGGAGCUUCCUCCGGGCGGCUCGUUCUGGCACUCGGCUCUUGGCGACCGAUGUCCUGCGCUGGGUGCUGCUGGAUGGGUCGUAUUUGGGGGUGUUUGCUCGGCCCCCGGGUGCCCUGGUGACGGGCUUGGAUUCGAGCCCAGCGCCCGCGGCCGGUCCGGGGCUGGAGCUCCUGCGAGCGCUCUGCCUUCGACCGGUGUAUGGGCUGGUCAUUGCCCUUUUGCGGCCCCUGGCGACGCCCCAUCGGUCGGCUGCCUGUCCGGCCGGGUGUCACCAGGCGGCCUCCUUGACCGGGACCAAGGACCACACUGCCGCUGGGCCAGGCGGCAGCCUGACUGCCAGCCCAGCUGGCUUUAUCCCGCGCCUGGGCCCGACCGACACGAUGGCCUCGGUCCCGAGCCCCUGUGUGUCUACCGCCGGGCGCAUUACGAGCCCGCGCAUUGUGCUGCACUCACUGCGCGGUGACACGGCCCGACUGUUCGUCAUCCUCCCUGCCCCGCGUAAGAGCCGGCCAGCCCCCGCUUACACGGUGAAGCUGAAUGGCGAGGCAAUCUUCCGACUGCCCUCGCGCAUCGACAUGCUGACCCCUGGGCGGCUGUCGGUGUGUCUGUGUUGUCGGCGCUCCUCAUCACGCUGCCAGCCGGCCGGCGGACGGGCCUGCUCGUGCAGCUUUCAAAUUUCGCUGGCCUCGCUUUUCUCCUGCUGUGCACCCUGCUUUCACAGCUCGCUCGAUGUGUCCUUCACAUCGCUCUCAUCCUCCCUGCAGGUGGCGUAUGACCCGCAUGCCGCGGGGGAUGAUGAUCCGGCCGGUCGUCAGCCAACUGCUGCCGAUAGCUGGGCCAUCCCCUCCCCCUGGGCGAGUGACGACCAGGCGGCCGGGCCUCCGACCUGUUCGGGAGCCUCGUCCUCGACGGGCAGCGUCCUGGGGCGCUUGCUUGGCCGCCGGCCCACCAGGCCGCUCCUGUCCCCGGCGCACCUGGCCACCGCGUGUUACUGGUGCUUGUGCGGGGCCGAGUCUCCCUGUGGCCAGGGCGGCUUUUACCGCGUGGCGGUCCUGCACCUGCGUGGCUUCGACCCAGCGGCGCAUCAGACCGUCCAGGUGCACGAGGAGCCGGCGUUACUGCCCAAGGCCGCCGGGUGCGAGGCUGCCAUCCCGGAGGGGGUGCUCGGGCGACUGUUGCACCCGGUGCCCCGCCGAACGGGCCUCCUUCGGCGCAUCAGCCGAGUGUACCUCUUGUCGAUGGUCCAGACGGCCAGCUGGCUGGGCCGGGCCCUUUUGGCGUGUGCCGUGUUGGCUCUUUCCUCAGCUCUCUUCUUCCUGUCUUAUGUGCUGGAGUUGUACAUUUCCGCCGAUCCGCCCAGCGGCCCGGAGCCAAGUAACCCGAUGGCUUCGGCCGCCGGGGCACCGAGCCCGUCCGCGGCCGCCGCCUUGACCGACGUGACCGGCAGCCCCGGCUCGGCUGCGGGCGAUCACCCGGCAGUUGGCUCGACCCCACCGGCGGCACCCACCGUGUCCGAUUCCAACUCCCCACACCCCGGUGGUCUUGGACCUGCAUCGGUUACCUUCCUUGGGGAGUCGGGGGCACUGGUGCGCUCGCCGGUCCCUGGGGCCGGCCACGCGGCGGGUUGCCAAUGUUGCCAGGUGCCCCUGGCCAUGAUGGGCCCUUCGUAUGUGCCCCUCCCAGGUCAGCCGCUGGUGGCCGGUGAUUCCCAGACCCCCAUCGCGGCUUCCGGUCCCGUGUCCGGGGACAUGUCCUCGCCCUUUUCCUAUUCCCCCGGGCCGGGCAAUGUUCCGGCGCCGGGCUCGGCCACCAUCGAGAUGGCAUCCCCCGGCGAUGGGUCCAUGCCGGCCUCCCUCGUCGAGGGGCCGGCGCUGGAUGUGGCCGGCAGUUUGGCCUUCGACCAUGUCUUCGAUCAGCUGCCGGCCGAUGUGGCGUCGCAUGCCGCGGUGCUUGCCUUGAGGGAGGAGCUCUUCGCGCUGCAUGCCGCGCGCGCCAACAUCGAGGCCGAGUUGGAGAGCGCCCAGGCCCGGCACCAUGACGAGACCCAACAAUUGGAGGCAGCCCAGAGUCUGGCCGAUGCGCAGCUGUCGCAAUUGUACGCGGAGUUCCCGCGACCCAAGCGCAAGGCCCGCCUGCGGGCUCUGCGCGAAAAGCGAAGUCGCCUGGAUCUGGCCCGACAGAGGUAUGAAACCGAGGAGCGGCAGAUCCUCGCGGAAUUCCGACAGCUGGAGCAGCGGCUGGAGACCGUGCAGCAGGGCGCCAUCGAGCUGGCGGCCUUCUGGCGGCAGGCCGAGCGUCUGGCCAACCAGGCUCCCGGUCUGGCGGCGGCUUUGCGUUUGCCAACUCCCCCGACCGAUGUCGGUCCUGGCCUCGAGUUGGCGGCAGGGAGUGGCGAUUCCCCACCGCCCGGCCCGCCGGCAGCCGUGGCGGUGUCGCAUCUGCCUGUGUCACUGACUCGCGGAUCGUUGAAUGGGAUCCAGCGUCUCGUGGCGCAGGAGCGUGAAAUGGCCGCCGCGGUGGCCGAAUCGGCCGCCUUGCGCACCGAGGCCCAAUCUCUGGAGGUCGCCACCCGGCAGGGGCGCAAGAGACUGCACCAGCAGCAGGAUGCCCUGGCGGGCUUGCGAGCCAUGUUGAAGACGGACCUGGCUCUGCAGCAGCAAUUGGCCACCCUCGGCGAUCUGUAUGCCGAGCAGCUGGCACGAGAGGCGAGCUCCUCCCCGGAGGCGCCGUUCGCCGCCGGGUCGAGCGCCGGUGAGGGGGCUGUGCCCCCUCCUGCGACUGGGCCGCCGGGCCCGCGACCGGGUGUCUCGCCGCCAACCACGGAUGACGAUGGGGCCGGUGUGCCUGUGACCUCCCUGCCGGAUUCCCUUCCCCCAUCGCCUCCAUCGCCAGAGGCGCCGGUGGCCCAGGCUGGCGGCUUGCCGAUUCUGGCCGCCCUAUCGCGUUCGGUGUCAUUGCAACCGCCAGCUGACCGGCCCUUGACACCGUGUGUGUUCGGUGGCCUGGAGCCUGCCGGUGGCCCGGUUGUGUUGGUGUCCUCUCCCUCGCCGCCGGCCUCGGCAGCCGGCGGGUUCUUCCCCCCCGAUGGCCCGUCAGCUGGCAGCCGCGCCGACCUGGCUCCAGGUCUUGUCUUCUGGGAGGAGGACAUGGCAGAUGGCUCGCGGGUGGGCGAAUCGACCGGGGUCGGCCUCCUGGGAGUGCGGCGCCCUGGUGCUGGUGCCGGUGCGGCUGCUGUGGCGGCCGUGGCCGCGGCCACCGGCGGGGCUGCCGGCGGUGGCGGCCUCUCUCUGCCGCGGAGCGUGUCGGUCAAUGACUUCCGGUCGCAGCAGCACCGGCCCCGGAGUGCCACCUGGUCGCCGCUGUCCUCGAGACUGGCACCCAGCGGCCUGGCCACCAGUGGUGCCAGCCCGGAUGCGGCCCCUGCGCCGGGAAGUGCGCGAGCCAGCCCGGCCCCCGGGGGCGGGCUCUUCCUGCCGUUGGUAGAUCCCGAGGACUCGGGGGCCGGCCUGUCGUUGGGGCGCGGGCCCCUCCCAUCGAGCGCUGGCGGCUUCCACCAUGGGCACCCCCACCCGCACCAUCAUGUGCACCACCAUCCGGGCGGUCCCGCGCCGCGGUUCUUGGCCACAUUGUCGGAUACGCAUCACUCCGCCGGAACGCUUGGAAAUGGCUCGGCACUUGGAAAUGGCUCGGCACUUGGAAAUGGCUCGGCACUUGGAAAUGGCUCGACCUCGGCUGCGGCUGCGGCUGCGGCAGCCGCGGCAGCCGCUGCUGCCGCCGCCGCCGCUGCCGCCACCGCCGCCGCUGCCAGCCCCAUUGGUUCCCCUGCCGCGGAUGUUCUAUUUGGCCCGCCCUUCCGGUCUUCACCGCUGCAACAGGCACCUUUCUCUGUGGCUGCCCUGCCCCUGGGGGACCUGGGCCGGCAUGCGGCAGACCUUGGCGCCCCCCUGUCACCGGUCACCUGGGCCCCGGCAGCCUGGUCGAUGGCCAACUCCCCCGUCGCUCCGUCCUUCUUGCCGGCACAUGGGCAGAUGGCUUCGGCACCGGGGCGGCUGAUUCGGCCUCCCCCAGCGGGUCCCCCCUGUCCCGAGGGACCCGCCUGCCCGGCAUGCAAUCAGCAUGGGUCCACGACUCUCGCCCCCGACGUGGCGGUGCCGGACUUCAUCCGCUCUGAUUCAACCGGCGGGUCCCCCGUCGGGUCGCCGAUCGGCUCGGGCGCCAUGUCGCCGAGCCACCCGGCGCCCCCGCGCCCGGAGUUGGGUCUCAUCUCCGAGGAUCUGGUCCUCUUCCCGUACCCCCUGCUCUCGCACCAGCAGCCUACCGCCUCGCUUUCCGGGAGCAUGGUAGUCGGUGGGAGCCGGCACUCUCCGGGCCUACCGGCCGUCCUUGGCUCCCCCUCGGGAGUGGGCAGCUCGCCGGGCACGGUUCCGGCACCAACCGCAGCGGCCACUGCAGCGGCGGCGGCGGCAGCGGCGGCGGCCGCCGCGGCCGCCGCGGCCGCGGCCACCGCCUCUUCUCCCUCCCCAGGGCCAGGUAUUGGGGAUGUUGACUCGUCGACUGUCAGCAGUGGCCCGCAUUCGCCAGCCGACGGGACGGGUCAUUCGUCCACUCUGGCAGCUGGACGAGCACUGCUAUCCCCACUCGACCGGAUUCUUGGGGGCGGUCUGUCUCCGCGGAACUUUGGCCUGUUCUUCUCGGAGCAUCCUUCCCUGCUGGGCAGCACCGGUGGCGGCGGGGGGCUGGGGGGCGGCACAUGUGGCCCUCCUCCUGCGGCCGAUGUUCGGCCAACUUAACCUGUACUUUUAGAUUUACUUCCCCGUUGUUUCUCCGUCUCUCCCCCCUUUGCUCUCCCGAUCACACUGGGUCCCUUCUUCUUCUUCUUCUUCUU